CAAAUAUGACGUAUGAAUGAGAUGUGCAAAAAAAGAGUUCAAAGCUAGGAACUUGUUCACAGGCUCAGUUCACUCAUGAGCUUUUGGUUUUUUUAACAACUUUCUUUACGGGUACCCCUAAUGCUUGAAAUCAAAACAAAAAACAACUCGAUUGGCAACAUUUAAUGAAAGUAAAUUGAAAUAAUGUCGCAAAAUCAGGUGAUUGUGCUGCAGGCAGGCUACUCGCACAAGGAUGCAAAUGAGCCGAAUGCAAUGCGCGCCAACUGCAGCUGCACGCUGAUACGCUGUCGCGAUGGCACCAACAUCAUUGUGGACACCCUAACCGCCUGGGAUGGCGACCAAUUGAAAUCCUUGCUAGCUGCGCAGGGCUUGCACCCGGCCGAUAUAAAUGUGGUCGUGUGCACACAUGGACACUCGGAUCACAUUGGCUGCAAUUAUCUGUUCCAGGAGGCGCGUCUGCAUAUUGUCGGCUCGUGUGCAUCCAAUCGUGAUCUAUACUUUGAGCAUGCCGGCCCACUGGAUGCACAUGGCGAGGUGCUGGUCGAGGAGACGCCUGGACACACGCUGAGCUGUGUCUCGGUCAUCGUGCACAAUACACAGUUGAGCGGCACGGUGGGCGUUUGUGGGGAUCUGUUCGAGCGGCGCGAGGACAUAGACGAUGCACAGAUUUGGAAGGCUGCGGGCAGCGAGGACGAGAAGCGGCAGGCUCAAGAGCGGCAUCGUCUGGCGGAAUUGUGUGAGCACAUUGUGCCCGGACACGGGCAAAUGUUUGCCCUAAACGCCGAACUGCGUAAAAAACUGAGAACUUGUAUAGAAACAACGUAGCACAUGGCAGUUGCUGAACGCUUCCAGGGGAU